AUGCUGGACAACUUUCCUACUAACCUGCACCCCAUGUCUCAGCUCAGUGCAGCCAUCACAGCCCUCAACAGUGAAAGUAACUUUGCCCGUGCCUACGCAGAGGGAAUCAAUCAAACCAAGUACUGGGAGUUGAUUUAUGAAGAUUGUAUGGACCUGAUUGCGAAGCUACCCUGUGUGGCAGCAAAGAUCUACCGGAAUCUUUAUCGGGAAGGCAGCAGCAUUGGGGCCAUUGACUCUAAGCUGGACUGGUCCCACAAUUUUACCAAUAUGUUAGGCUAUACUGAUGCACAGUUCACCGAGCUUAUGCGUUUGUACCUCACCAUCCACAGUGACCAUGAGGGUGGUAAUGUAAGUGCCCACACAAGCCACCUGGUGGGCAGUGCCCUUUCAGACCUCUACCUGGCCUUUGCAGCAGCCAUGAAUGGGCUGGCAGGGCCUCUCAUUGGACUAGCCAAUCAGGAAGUGCUUGUCUGGCUAACACAGCUACAGAAGGAAGUUGGCAAAGACGUGUCAGAUGAGAAGUUACGAGACUACAUCUGGAAUACACUCAACUCAGGACGGGUUGUCCCAGGAUAUGGUCAUGCAGUGCUAAGGAAGACUGACCCACGGUAUUCCUGCCAGAGAGAGUUUGCUCUGAAACAUCUGCCUAACGACCCUCUGUUUAAGCUGGUUGCUCAGCUGUACAAGAUUGUGCCCAAUAUCCUCUUAGAGCAAGGGAAGGCCAAGAAUCCUUGGCCCAACGUAGAUGCUCACAGUGGGGUGCUGCUCCAGUACUAUGGCAUGAAGGAGAUGUAUUACUACACGGUCCUGUUCGGAGUGUCGAGGGCACUGGGUGUGCUGGCACAGCUCAUCUGGAGCAGAGCCCUAGGCUUCCCUCUAGAGAGGCCCAAGUCCAUGAGCACGGACGGUCUGAUGAAGUUUGUGGACUCUAAGUCAGGGUAA